CGGGCCGUUCGGCAAGAUCCCAAUUGCGCUUCUUCUCGCAACAUUACGGGGGAGAUUUAAUGGGAUUUAUCAGGGCUUGGAAACUUUAUUGUACCGGUUGACUUUAACGCAGAGGCUCAGAGGAGCGGAGAAAUGGCACGGCUUGGUGCGUCCCUUCUUCUCCUUAUUUUUAUGUUCGUUGUAAGCGAUGCUCUCCCCACCAGUGAUACCGUGACGGUCAAUAAUUCAGUGAGCGCCAAUCCAGGUAGAAGCAUCGCUGAGACGACCUCCAACCCGACUCGCGCAAGUUCUCCCCAAAGCACCGCUGAGAGCGCCGGCCGUCCCGCAGCCACAGCGCAGCCGAACGCAUCCGCCACCGCGAAGCCCCCAGGGACCGGGCCGUCUCUGGGCUUCCACACUGAAGACCUGGACGAGAGCAUCGACAAAAGUGUGGAGAAGAAAGUCUGGAGCAAAGAGAACGAGGAGCCCGAGGAACAAGAAUGUCCGCCUCUUGGUCUCGAGUCCCUUCGAGUCCAGGACACACAGCUCCGUGCCUCCUCCUUCCAACGGCAUGGACUUGGUCCCCAUCGGGGGCGCCUCAAUAUCCAGUCAGGCCUUGAAGAUGGAGAUAUCUACGAUGGAGCUUGGUGUGCCAAAUAUGAAGAUCAGAAUCAGUGGCUGGAAGUAGAUGCCCGGCAGCCAACUCUCUUCACCGGGGUCAUCCUGCAGGGGCGAAACUCUAUUUGGAGCUGGGACUGGGUGACGACCUACAAGGUGCAGUUCAGUAACGACUCCAUUGCGUGGAAGCCCAGCAUGAAUGGGACAAAAGAAGCAGUGUUUGAGGGCAAUCAAGAUGUAGAGACCCCUGUCCUUGCUGUGUUUCCUGAGCCCACUGUGGCUCGCUACAUCCGCAUCAACCCCCAAACCUGGUUCGAGAAUGGGACCGUGUGCCUGAGGGCUGAGGUUUUGGGCUGUCCUCUUCCAGAUCCUAACAAUAUUUAUACUUGGGGCACUGAACAAGAAUCCACGGAUAAACUUGAUUUCAGGCAUCACAACUACAAGGAGAUGAGAAAGCUCAUGAAAUCUGUGAACGAGGAUUGCCCUGACAUCACACGCAUUUACAGCAUUGGGAAGAGCUACAUGGGCCUCAAGCUCUACGUCAUGGAGAUUUCAGACAACCCUGGCAAGCAUGAACUGGGUGAGCCAGAGUUCCGCUAUGUGGCCGGGAUGCACGGGAACGAGGCUCUGGGUCGGGAGCUGGUCCUCAGCCUCAUGCAGUUCUUGUGCCACGAGUACAAGCAGGGCAACCAGCGCAUCGUCCGCCUGGUCAAGGAGACCCGCAUCCACCUCCUGCCUUCCAUGAAUCCCGAUGGCUAUGAGAUGGCCUACAAGAAGGGUUCAGAGCUGGCCGGGUGGGCAAUGGGUCGCUACAGUUACGAAGGGAUCGACAUGAACCACAACUUCGCCGACCUGAACUCGGUCAUGUGGGACGCCCUCGAGUUGGAGACGGACAAAUCGAAACUGAUCAACCACUACAUCCCCAUUCCCGAGAAGUACACCUCCGAGGAGGCUUUUGUCGCUCCUGAGACACGGGCCGUGAUCAGCUGGAUGCAGAACAUCCCGUUCGUGCUGAGCGCCAACCUGCACGGUGGCGAGCUAGUGGUCACCUACCCCUUCGACAUGACGCGUGACUGGGCCCCCAGCGAGCACACCCCCACCCCAGAUGACAGCUUCUUCCGCUGGCUGGCUACCGUCUACGCCAGCACCAACCAGGUCAUGUCCAACCCGGACCGACGACCCUGUCACAAUGAGGACUUCCUGCGACACAACAACAUCAUCAAUGGCGCCGAGUGGCAUACAGUACCUGGCAGCAUGAAUGACUUUAGCUACCUUCACACCAACUGCUUCGAGGUGACUGUGGAGCUCUCCUGCGACAAGUUCCCCCACGCCAGUGAGCUCCCCACCGAGUGGGAGAACAACAAAGAAUCACUGCUGGUUUACAUGGAGCAGGUCCACAGAGGAAUCAAGGGGGUGGUGAGGGACAAGGACACGGAGGCUGGAAUUGCAGAUGCUAUCAUCAAAGUAGACGGCAUUGACCAUCACAUCAGAUCAGCCUUCGAUGGCGACUACUGGCGGCUCCUGAAUCCUGGUGACUACGAGGUGACAGCGAGUGCCGAGGGAUACUUCUCCAACAGGCGCAUGUGCCGAGUCGAGUAUGAUCACUACCCCACCAUCUGCGACUUCCUCCUCACAAAAACACCCAAGCAGAGGUUGCGGGAGAUCCUGGCCAAGGGGGGCAAGAUACCCAAAGACCUGCAGUUGCGGCUGCGUGCUCUGCGAAUGAAGAAGCUGCGCGCUACCACCAAGGCCAUCAACAGGCGUCGUGCUCGGGAACGCAGAGCCAGGGCUCUCUGAGCGAAUCCCUCUACCUUCUUAGGCCACAUGUGUUACUCCUGCUCAUUAGCAGCGAUGUCAGAUAGCUGAAGGCUGAUGCUUUUUACUGUAGUGCCUUCAGGUUUUCUUUUUCUUUUUUUACACCUUGAGUAAGUAGUAGGACUAAUAUGAGGGAACUGAAUGGGAAAUAUAUCGUAUUAUUGAAAUUAUAUGUUGUGGUAAAGAGAUAACAAGGGGUGAUGAAAUAACAGAUGAACUUCUAAAGAACUUUGACACACUUUAUACAGAACGAGCCAUAGCAGAACAUCAGCUAUCUAUUGUGAGUUUCUGGACCUUGGUAAAAUAUCACCAGUCUACCCACAAUGUGAGAUGUUAAGUCAAAAAUCAAAAAGUACCUUCAGUAUUGUUCUAACUUUUUAAAAUCAUCUUUGCGGGUACUUUUCGGCUUCACCCUCAUACAGCACAUGCUGUUGUAUUAUUUAGGAUGGUGUUGCAACCCGGAAAUGAACGGUUAGAUCAUAACUCGACACCAAAAUAAUUUAAACAAAUCAGUGCUACUUUAAGGCAAACACUUUAUUUUGUUCACAAUGCAACGGCACCAACUCGUUCACUUUGAAACAAUCUUUUGUGAAGCACCAAGCAGGCCUCCUUUGUAGGCAGAAUAAGCACCAGUUUUACAGAGAGGUACUCCUGGUGACUUUAGGUUUAAGAUGUAAACCUAAUCUGAGAAGAUCUGAGAUCUUACAGUCUGGAACUCGUAAGUGCAGGUACACGUCUUUACAAUAUCUUUUGUAAAAAUAUAUAUGUGCUUUAGAUUUAUAUGAGCCUUGAAUAUACUUCUGUCCUCAGCAAGCUGGAAAAAAUGCUGGCAUUGUCUGGUCCUUGCAAGUCAAGAGACUUAAAAAAA